CAUGCUGAAAAACAGGAAACGGGAUCUUGGGAGAGGCGGAAAUUGCAGUGCUCGGCAGAGCUCGGCAGGGCCAGCAGGCUGAAGACGAGGAGCGUACGGCAAGGAAGGCGCCUGGGGUAGUGGGGAAGUGGGCUGGCCGCAAAAUGUGGAAAGCAUCGGCAGGCCACAGCAUCAGUCUGAGCCAGGAUGAUGGUGCUGAUGAUUGGGAGACAGAUCCUGACUUUGUGAAUGAUGUAAGUGAAAAAGAACAGCGCUGGGGUGCUAAAACUGUCCAAGGAUCUGGUCACCAGGAACAUAUCAAUAUUCAUCAACUUCGAGAAAAUGUAUUCCAAGAGCACCGAUCCCUCAAGGAGAAAGAGCUUGAAUCAGGACCCCAAGCUUCCCAUGGCUAUGGAGGGAAGUUUGGUGUGGAACAGGACCGCAUGGACAAAUCAGCCGUUGGUCAUGAAUAUCAGUCCAAGCUUUCUAAGCAUUGCUCCCAGGUGGAUUCAGUUAAAGGCUUUGGUGGCAAGUUUGGUGUACAAGUUGACAGGGUUGACCAGUCUGCUAUGGGAUUUGAAUACCAAGGAAAAACAGAGAAACAUGCUUCUCAGAAAGACUACUCAAGUGGAUUUGGUGGGAAGUACGGUGUGCAGGCUGACAGAGUAGACAAGAGUGCCAUGGGAUUUGAUUACCAAGGAAAAACAGAGAAGCAUGAAUCCCAGAAAGAUUAUUCUAAAGGUUUUGGUGGUAAAUAUGGUGUGGACAAAGAGAAAGUGGAUAAAAGUGCUGUUGGCUUUGAAUACCAGGGCAAAACUGAAAAACAUGAAUCGCAGAAAGACUAUACGAAAGGUUUUGGUGGAAAAUUUGGCAUACAGACCGACAGACAGGAUAAAUGUGCACUUGGCUGGGAUCACCAGGAAAAAGUACAGUUGCACGAAUCUCAAAAAGAUUAUAAGAGUGGUUUCGGAGGGAAAUUUGGUGUUCAAACUGAAAGGCAGGACCCAUCAGCUGUGGGCUUUGACUACAAGGAGAAACUAGCGAAGCACGAGUCACAACAAGAUUAUUCUAAAGGAUUUGGUGGAAAGUAUGGUGUCCAGAAAGAUCGAAUGGACAAGAAUGCAUCAUCUUUCGAAGAUAUUGAGAAAUUAUCUUCAACAUACCAGAAGACCAAACCAGUAGAAGCUGCAAAUGCCAAAACGAGCAACAUCAGAGCUAACUUUGAAAAUCUAGCUAAGGAUAAAGAACAAGAAGACAGAAGAAAGGCGGAAAUUGAAAGAGCUCAAAGGAUGGCCAAGGACAAGGAGGAACAAGAAGAGGCUAGGAGGACACUCGAAGAGAAAGCCAAAUCCAAGACACAGAAUCCUCCUGAAUCUCUAGCUGCACAAACAGAGGAAGAAAAAGUGCCAUCAAAUGUAAUCUACGAGGAUGCUGCCUCCUUUGAAUCUGGUUACAAAAACUCCAAUGCAAGUCUUCCAAAUGUACAUGAGCCAGAACAGGACAGCAAAGCUGAAGAAUCUGACUAUCAAGAAGCAGUUAGUCAGAGAGAGCCAAGCUAUGAAUCGGGAACCGUGUACGAAGAGGCCGCAGUAGGAAAUCAAUAUCAAGCAGAUGAAACUUCUUAUGAAUAUGAAAAUGACCUUGGAAUAACAGCUAUAGCCCUAUAUGAUUAUCAGGCUGCUGGGGAUGAUGAGAUUUCCUUUGAUCCAGAUGAUAUCAUUACCAAUAUUGAAAUGAUAGAUGAUGGCUGGUGGAGAGGAGUCUGCAAAGGCAGAUAUGGGCUUUUCCCAGCUAAUUAUGUUGAGCUGAGACAAUAGAAACGGAUGUCUACCAUUUAUGCCUUAAUCCCAUGAUCAUUCAUCUGACUUAUUACACUACAAAUCAUGUGGGGCUUUUUUUUUUGGUGCAGGAGAAGAGAUUGAAAGGAUCUAAUCAUGCUCCUUUUAUUUUUAAAAUACUUCGCUGAUGCUUUUAUCAAUGUUUAUGGGUCCAGAAAUUGCUAAUAUAUUGUGACUCUAUGUUGCCCUGCAGCCUGUUAUCAUACUUUUUAAUUUUGAAAAAGGGGUUUCUUGAUUCCUUUGCCAAAUUGGUGACGGUGAUUGUUCUCCCUCUAGAGUUUUUAGUUCUCUCUGACAGUAGUACAUGUUUCAUUUGUACUGUACAAAUUAUAUCCAGGUGUUCUUGUACUGAACAUGGUCAGUUUUCCAGCUCUCACCUGUCGUAUCUAGGUCACAUUUCCACUUACUGGGAACAUGGCAGGUAUGGAUAGAGGAAAAUGCUAGCUGGCUUGCAGUUAGUGGCAAACAUUCAUGGGAAGUUAUUCUAUAUCAAUGUCAGAAAGGACCCAGUAUAGAAGGCUAUGCUUAUUUUUCAUUCAUAUUCUUGGGAAGUGCACAGUCCAGUCAAAAGCUCAAUUGAACUUUUCCAGAAGUUCUGAUAAGGAACUGAUGCAAGCCUCACAUGGCUUUGCGAUGUAAGUUUUGUUUAUGCUGCUCUUUCUCUCAUGCACCUAGAACACUGUGAAAUUUUUGAUCUUGGAGAUUUAGAAGUUUCCAUGACGUGCCCUCUCGAGCGCUCUCAGCCUGUCACCUUGAUGAUAAAACAGGCAGGAUAUGCAGCACUAAUUCCAGUUUGUAUGAUUUGCAAAGAGGACAAUGGGAUGAGAUGGCUUCCUCUAUAGUAAAUCUGUUUUUUUGGCUAUAUUUCACUAAAGGAAUAUUGCUCUUAAGAGUAUGUUAAAACCUUGGAGGAAAUUGCUAUUUUUAAACAAUAUAGAUGACUCAUUUUACAUAUUCAGCUCUGACUGCCAGUAACACUCAGACAAACUGUAAAGGUCUCUCUGUCUUUUGCCAAAUGUAAUCCUGAAUUUCUUGCCAUAACUUCUGUAAAAUAAAUUGAGAAUUAAUUACUGAUUUUAACCACAUAAGCAUCCCUACCAAAGACAGCAUACAGUAGAUGUGUCUUCAGUGUUUCUUGUUCAUUUCUGUUUGGGAAGAGAAAUUCAGGGAUAAAUCGGUCAAGGAAAGAAGUGAAUGAAAAAAAAAGACAAGCAAUUAAGUAAAAUAAAAUAUUUAAAAAAUGUUUCUAUUGAGUGGUAAACAUGCAGCGUAUCUAAAGAAAUAUGGAAUGUAGAGAGAAGUGAUCAUGGAUGGGAUUGGCUACUUAGACAAUCUCUUAAGAAGAAUGUAUGUAAUGUUUAUUUUCUAUUAUCUUCCCCACCGGUUCCUUGCUUUCUCAUAAUUACAUUGAUAAUAGUAUGUUAAGUGGGCAUGGAUUUUAUAUGCAGUUUUAGCUUAUUCAGUUUGCAUAGGACAGCAACUAGAAUAUAUGAUUCCUGUUUCUUUUUUUUUCUUUUUCUUUUUUUUGUAAAUUAAAUAUUCAAAUAAACUUUUGGAACCAUU